GUUUGUUUUGAACUGGAACCGCGUGGUUGUGGUGUGGUGUGGAUUUCAGCCAAGUUCAGCAGUACUGAACGGCAAAGUGGCCUCUAAUUCAUUGAACCGGUGUUACCAUUUUCAGAAAAAUGGCUACAGAAAUAGUGAAACGUAGCUUAGAACCGAACGGUGAUGAGUGUCCCGUGGUACAGAAGAAACCGAAACCGAGCAAUGGAACGAAUGGAACGCAGCAUCCGAAGGGCAGGCCCGUGUCGCAAGCUUUCAGGAAACGCAAACCUGAAGGAUAUGUGGAACCGACGGAAGAGGAGAGAAGGAUUAACAAAAUCGCUGAAUACUUCCGCCAGGAGAUACAAACCGGGGCGAUGCCGAUUCGUGCGAUUCGGCACUUUCUGCAGGCAGCGUACGAGGAUUCGGACGUUGUAAAGCACUACAUUCAGUGCGGUGGUACGUUUAAACCGCUGCUGACCGUUCUUGCAUCGUGCGAGAAGGAAAAGCUGAACGACAUUGGGGACGUGCUGCAUCUGAUACAGCUGGUACUGUUGAUGAGUUUGGAUUUCGACGAAACGCACCUCACGUAUGCCACCAAGUGCAUACGGGCCAUCAUGACCAACUAUCAGACGGUGCUUUGCAGUUUGCUGCAGGAUAAGGGUGCAUAUGCAAUGUCGUGCAAAGCAGCGGCACUCGGUUUUCUGAAGGCGGUCCUGCUGGUGGAUGGUCAAACGUACUGGCGCGAUGUGUUGCGGUUGAUAGACAGCGCCAGUUCAAAGCUGAGCAUGGUCGGGUAUCAUGAAACGCUCAGACUGCCCGAGGACUUCAUCGGCCACUCGUUGCGGACGGUAUUUAUCGAGUUUAAUCUAGCCUUUCUGAUCGACACACCAACCCAGCUGGUGCGUGUGUGGCUGACACGCCACUCGUUGUUUUUUCCGCUGGUGGUAAACCUCGUGUACGACAAUCGAGCGAACGUGAUACUUAUUAUGAAGACGCUGCGCAAGUACGUGCUCGACAAUCCGGAAAUCGACAAAUACAUCUACCGUACCGCCUUUUCGACCGACAUUCUGAAAGCGCUGGUCAACCUGUAUGAGUGGGUCGGUCCAGCGAAGGAGAAAAUCAAGCCGGGAGACAAACAGCAAGUGUUGGACGCUGCUGAAGAAUGUGUCCUGCCGCUGCUAACCUCGAGACGCUGCUUCUUGGCACCGAAAUCGAUUGAUCUAGAGCGGGCUAGUCCACGGUACCGUCAGCUGCUGCAGGAGUUAAAACAGUCCUACCCGGAGCCACACCAAAGCCGCCUGGUGUUGGGUAUGCUGGGAAUCUGUCCCGAAGUGCUGCCGGUAACGCUCGACAUGUACGGGAGUAUGUACAAGAAGUCGGAAGAAUUCCGUGAAAUGCUGAAGCAAAUACUGGUCCUGCACAAACCGAGCGAACUGAUUCCGAAGCUCGAAAAGUCCGUCACCUCCAAAGCUGUGUCGAGCUUCGUGGUGCAAAGCACGCUACCGCGCACGGUGCUCGAACACAUCGGAUCGUCGCUGGACACCGAGCGCGACGUUCCGCACUGCUUCGAGUUCCUCAAGCUGAUGGUAACCCGCCUCGAGGAGUAUCUGCAGGUGAUCGAACGUUCCGGGCUGUUGGAUCAGUUCGGCGUGAAAAAGGUGAAGCUCGAUGCGCUCAACAAGGUCAUCACAAUGUUUCCCAGCGUGGAUCGUAUUUUAAGCGCGAUGAUGUUAUAUCGCGAUAAUAUGGCGCUAGAAAACCGCGAGGUAGCACUCGAGCAUGCGAUGGACAUUUUGCUCGUCUGCAUUCGCUCGUUCCGUGCCUACAUCGAAGCUUCCACGUUUAUGACCACCUUCCGGGACAUUCUGCUGAAGCCGGCCUACGAGUCACCGGAGGAUGAGCAGCGCUUUAUGAACUAUGAGCUUAAAGCGAUAAAGGUCAUCAUCCAGCUCGAACCGCAGAGCGUUUCGUUCACUUCCGAGCUGUUCCCGUCCGUGCUGUCGCUGCUGACCAAAGCGUACCUAAACGGCACGCCGGAGGUGCGGCUCGAUGCAACCGAACAGCUGCAGAAACUGUUCCGCAACACGGCACUGUUCGGCAAUCGCGGUACGGAGAUCGAGUUCUGGUUUCAGGCAAUGCGUGACUUGGAUUCGAAAACGCAGAUUUCCGAACUGCUUUACUUUCUGAUCAUGCAGAUACAGGAGGUGGUGGAAAAGAUUGGACAGAAGAAGAAGCACACCGGCGUCAGUAAGUCCCUCGCUGGCGGCUCAAAUGAUGAAGCGCUCGAUUUCGGCACAUCCCUGGGGAAAAACGAACUGAGCGCUCUUUUCGCGCGUGUCGAGCGAGAAACAGACGCGCCGGUUGCGACAGCCGCCGCAUCGGAAGCACUGCUAGACGCACAGGUCGAGCGACCCGUGGCGGACAAUUUCUUCACGCACAUUUUCGCCGACACCACCAACCGGCCGGUAUAUUUGCGCCCCUAUUUCGACGGGGUGGUGCUACUCUACCUGCAUUACGCGCCCCACCCGGAAAUCAUUUAUCGAAUGCUAAACAACGAAAAUGUAUCGCUAUUUGUGCGCAAAUACGCAGCCGGUUGGCUGGCGGGGAAAGAGUUGGCGCUGCAAACAGUUAGCAAUCCCCUGCUUUGUUCGCUUAGCGUCGCGCUCGUUGGCAAGCAGCAGAACGCCAAUCUUUACAAUCGGUUCGAGAGCAUGAGCAAAGAGGUGCGUGUUACCAUGCUGGAUGCGUUCCACCUGACGCUGUUCUGCUUUAGCCGCUGGGUAGCAUCCGGUAAGCUCGUGCAGGACCAUGUGGAUACGCUGCGCUAUUACCGGCAGCUGUUCCUGAACCGCCUGCUUGCACCGGGCGUACUGUCGGAGCGGGAUGUGGGCGAGCUGAUGGAGGGAUUGUUCCUGCGCCGUCCAGUCAUCUUUCAGCACUUCUCCAUCGUGAAGCGGCCGCAAGACUUUUUGCGCCGCCAGGUGUCCGAGUUUGUGUACGAGCUGAUGGAGCUGAUGCACCGGCUGCCACAGUUUGAACACUACACCGAACUUUACUCGAACAAGAUUCUUACCCAGCUGAUGGCAGUUUCGGCCGACGGGGGCGAUGUUGUGCAGCUGGAUGUGGAGCUGGCCGAGAAGCUGUUGGGCAUUUUCGAGCUUAACGAGCGUCACUGUGCAACACUGCUGCGGCAUUACGCGAAGCUCCCGGCGGAAGUGUUUGUGGUGGGAAAUCAGCGAACGUUUCACUACCAGCAGCUGUGUUUCACCAUGCAGCAGCUAAUCGCGCGAAACCGCUGCCGGCAGGAAUAUUUCAUCCCAGCGGAAGCUGUCCGUGGCCUGGUACGAAUUUACAUCGAAUGCGAUCGCGGCAAGGAAAGUGGCAGCGAGACGGUUGAGUUGGAAGAGCUGGAGAAGGCUCUGCUCGACUACUUUACCAUGUUCCCGCACAGCAUUGCCCACGUCGAGCCGGAGCUGAUGCGCGUUUUCUUCGAAAGCGAUCGACGAAUCGGCAAAAUGACCAUCAAGCUUGCAGCGUUCUUGCUCGCACGCAGUUCCCACUUUCACGGGCCCUUCCUGGAGCUGGUUGGUCCGCAUGCGGCCAAGAAAGAGUUGGUCUAUCCGUUGCUGAACGUUGCCUUCCGCAGAGGCAUCAUUACGGAGGCAAGCGCCGAGGAGAAGGACAUCAAAAGCUUGCUGGCCCAGAUUUACGCCGAGUACAAAGGUCCCAUUCUCAAGAUGCUGGAAAAGCCCAACAAAGCGGCAGUGAUUUAUCGUGAGAAUGUACUGGCCAGCGAGCAGCUCGUACGGCUCUGCAUGCCACGCAACGAGUGUGUUGAUUUUGCGCGCAAAAAGCUUCGCAUUGAGGCCGUGGAAUCGUUCCAGCUGCGCGUGCUGAUGGAGAUUUACGGAGUAGCGCUGAAGACGCUCGGCACCGGUGCAAACGCACCGACCCUGCAGCCGGUCUUCUGCAACGGGUUCGGUGUACUGUUGCAGUGUUUUGAGGCACUCUUUAAAUCGAUCUCGUCCGCGAACUAUUUACUGCAGCAGGAGGUGCAGAUGCAGCGGCUGAAUGAGCUGGUGCUGGUGACCUAUCGGUGGGCAUCGCAAGCUGCGGCUCGGAACCGCACCAAGGGCGCCUCGAUGUCGUUCGAGUCCGUUGCGAAGACCUCCCAGUGGACGGCGUUUUGCAAGAGCUGUCUAAAGUUCGGCCUGGAGACGGUACGGUGUGGCGAUAACGAUCGUCGGUUCGAUGACCGGUUGCAUGUGCUGCUGAAGCUGAUGGCAGUUUUGGUGGAUCUGUUUUACGUGGAUGGCGAGAAGGAGCAGGCCGAUAUUGGGCGGUGCUACGAGUGGAUUUUAUCUCACUCAAACUUUCUUCGCGUGCUGCUGCUGCAGUACCAGUACAAACCGAAAACGGCUUUGGUGCAGCUGAUGUUCGCGCUCGCACGCAAAAAUCCAUCCGUAGUGAGCGACAAGCAUGUGCCACUGCUGCUAGGAGCGUACGGUGCCACACUAACCGAUGCUAACCAGUACAUUCUGGCGCUGCUACAGCACUACGAACGAUCCGGCGUGCAGAUGCACGAAUUUCGACCGUUUCUAUGGGGUGAAACCGCCAUCAAACAUUACUCCCUAGAGAUGGAGACCACGGCACCGGUAAAAAGCGAUGAAACGAACCAUGAGUCUGCUGCUCGUGGCUCGUUCCGCACGCACGUUUCGGAAAUUUUUGACUUGCUGGUGGAAGAUAAGGUGGUUAACAUGAUAGAAAACUUCCCCGUUUGGCGAAAGCUCGACGCGUGUUCGCAGCUGCCGGAGACAAACUUUGACGAGCUGGCGGAGCAGUCAGAUUCGGAGAGGCGAGGACUUUUGGUGGAUUAUCAAGCGAACGGGCCCGUCGAACGGUUUGUUGAGAAGUCUCGCCGAGGACACGGUAAGAAGCAUCGUCCACACAUCGACCUGCUGGAGAUGAGCACGAUCAACACGGAGCAGCACGCCGUAACGUACGAUCCCGCGUUCCUUAUGCCAAUGAUAAACUACAUGUUCGCUAGCGAGCAACCGGACAUGCUGCGACGAGCCAUUCGGACCGGCAUCCUUACGCUACCCUUCCUGUGCCUUUCGAGCAACGAUGAGCAGAUGCGUCUAGCGGGUGGCAGUGUUCUGCUACGCGUUCGGAGCCAUCUGGAGCUUACGAAGCGGUUAAAUGACUCGAAAACGUGGCUGCAUCUGCUCGCCGUCAUACAGCGACGCUUCAUCGAAAUGUACGCAACGGCGGCAAGCUACAACGAAAACGUACAAAAGCACGGACACGUCCCGAGAGCGCCGUUCCUGUCGAUGCUGUUUGUCGCCGAAACGAUCAAGCUGCUCCCGAACGUACUGAGCCAUCUGCACGGCCCGAUGACGAACUACCUGAUGCAGCAGGAUGUGUACAACUUCCGGAUGGUGCCCAACUUUCUGCCCCUGUUCAACAGCAGCCACGUCGAAAACAACGAGCAGCGUAUGUUUAUGGUCCGGACGCUUUAUAACGGGGUAAAGUCCCAUCGCGACUUUGCCGUUCUGCGUGCCUCACCCAUCAUACUGGUGAUGAUGGGCUUCCACGGUUCACCGCUUUCCGACCGCGAGCUGAACAUGGCCAUCCUGAAGCUACUGAACGCUAUCGCGAAAAUCCCACGCUCCUGUCAGUUUCUGGUGGAUUCGCUCGGGUUUGUCGGAUGGCUGAGCGAGCGGAUUGACGUGAUCGAGGGUUUCGAGUACGAUACGAUCGAGGCGUUCCUGGGGCUGCUGAGCGACUGCUGGUAUUCGAUGCAGGUGAUGGCCAUUUCGUACCAAUCCCGGUCCCAACAUCAGCCGCGCUCGACGGUGUUCUUCCAGCGCGGUAUACUGAUCCUUACGCUCAAGUUUCUGCCACUGCUCUCGCCACGCAGUUCGAGCGUUACGUUGACACGGUUCUUAAACUUGCUCGAAAAGACUACGUCCCCGUGGCACGGCUAUCCGCACUUGAUGUCGCUGGUAAGCGCGGAGGUAAUGCAGCAACUGCUGGAGUACUUUGAGACGUUGUUCGCGGAGCAUAUGUGGUGUGUGCGGUACGUCCGGCAGUGCGGCACAUUUGCACUCGACGAUGACACGACGAUGGGCAGAAAGUUGCAGGACGUUGGUGUGGAUCAGACAACCAGUCUGAUCGUACUUGCGCUGCGGAGGUUCGUGGUGCGUUGGUGCAACUGCCAGAAGGGGGAUUCGGCCAUUGAGGUGCAGGAUGAGCUGGAGGAGGUCGACGCCGUGAUGGAAGCAGUAGCUCAGGACAAUGAGGAUGAAGACGGCGGUGUUGAGGAAAAGGUCGAGGUGGACGAUGGGACAGAAGUAGACGAGUGAAACGGUUGGGAAGAAUAAUUAAGAAUCAUUUUCGUUAAUGUGGCCAACGAAUCAUAUAUAAAUAAAUUAGGUAAGAAGAAUGUACAAA